UACGAAUUUGGCAUUGCCGUUGCACUAUUUUCGCAUUGUAAAUCCUCGUGCAAAUUGGAAGUGAUUAAUGGCUGCACAAUUAUUUAAUAAUAUUGGAAGGUUAGGCCUUGGUCUUGCCAUUGCUGGAGGUGUAGUGAAUUCCGCAUUAUAUACAGUUGAUGGUGGACAUAGAGCAGUUAUUUUUGACAGAUUUGCUGGAGUUAAACCUAAUGUAAUUGGUGAAGGAACACAUUUUCUUAUUCCAUGGGUUCAGAGACCUAUUAUUUUUGAUGUGCGUUCUAGGCCAAGAAACAUUCCAGUCAUAACUGGCAGCAAGGAUCUGCAAAAUGUGAACAUAACUCUGAGAAUACUGUUUCGACCUGUUGCUUCUCAACUUCCAAAAAUCUAUAUGACUCUGGGAAGUGAUUAUGAUGAAAGGGUGUUACCAUCUAUUACUAAUGAAGUUUUAAAAGCUGUAGUUGCACAAUUUGAUGCAAGUGAAAUGAUUACGCAGAGAGAGUUAGUUUCUCAAAAGGUUUCUGAAGAACUUACCGAAAGAGGUUCCCAGUUUGGUCUCAUUCUUGAUGACAUUUCCAUUACUCAUUUGACAUUUAGCAAAGAAUUCACGAUGGCUGUAGAAAUGAAACAAGUAGCUCAGCAAGAGGCAGAAAGAGCUCGGUUUUUAGUAGAAAAAGCUGAACAACACAAAAAAGCUACUGUCAUAACAGCAGAAGGUGAUACUCAAGCUGCUGCUCUCUUAGCAAAAGCAUUUGGAGAAUCUGGAGAGGCUUUAGUAGAGUUGCGUCGUUUAGAAGCUGCAGAAGACAUUGCAUACCAGAUGUCCAAAUCUAGAAAUGUUGUAUAUUUACCAUCAGGACAGGGAACAUUGUUGCAGUUGCCUCAAUAAUGAACUUUAGGAACUUAAAGAAAUAAUUUUUUUGUUCUAGUUAUGUAGUUAAUCAAGCUAUAAAAUUUGGAUACAUUAUGUCUCUUUGAAAACUUUAAUAAAUAUUUCAUAUUACGUA